AUGGCCCCUCCGAAACUGUCCUACGGACUCAACCUCCCCAGCAAGAAACCCCCAACCUCGAAACUCGGACCGCCGGGGUCGCAGAAGCGCAAGAAGACCAUAUUCGACUCCGACUCUGAGGGCGACAACCAAGAGAAUGCAGGCGCCGGCGAUGGCGACGGCCCCGUCGAGAUAACCACAAUCGGCGGACUCGAAGAAGCACCCAGACCGUCAACCAACGACCGACAAACCACAGAACCGCCCGCAAAACGAAAACCGCCGGCUGGCCCCCCAACCGGCAAACCCAACAUCAAACCCCUUAGCAAGAGCUCCAUCUUCGCAGACGAGGAAGAGGAGCAAGAACCGCAAGCGAUGCCUCUGGGUCUCAACCCCGCCAAAAGCAAAAGCCCCGAGUACACGAACCUCUCGGCCCUCCGCAGCAGCAAGAAACACGCCGAGGACGCCCAACAGCUCGACCCCACCAUCUACUCCUACGACGCCAUCUACGACAGCCUGCGCGCCAAAUCCGACAAAGCCAAAGCCGCCGCGCCGGACGCCAAGACCGACGGGCCGCGGUACAUGACCUCGCUGCUGCGCAGCGCGGAGGUCCGCAAGCGGGACCAGCUGCGGGCGCGGGACAGGCUACUCGCCAAGGAGCGCGAGGCGGAGGGCGACGAGUUCGCCGAAAAGGAGAAGUUCGUGACGUCCGCGUACAAGGCGCAGCAGGAGGAGCUGCGACGGAUCGAGCAGGAAGAAGCGGAGCGGGAGAGGCAGGAGGAGGAGCGGCGGAAGCAGAACGGUGGGACGGGGAUGGUCGGGUUCUACCGGGACAUGCUAUCGCGGGACGAGCAGCGGCACGAGGAAGUCGUCAAGGCGGCGGAGGAAGCCGCGCGACGGGUGCAGGCGGGCGAGAUCCCAGCCGACGAAGCGACCGCCGAAGCGGAAGCAAACAAGGAAAAGAGCGAGGCGCAGAUCGCGGCGGAGCUCAACGCCAAGGGCGCGCACAUCGCCAUCAACGACGAGGGCCAGAUCGUCGACAAGCGGCAGUUGCUGUCCGCCGGGCUGAACGUCGCCCCGAAGCCCAAGCCGUCCGCCUCGGCGAGCGCCGCUGCGGCUGCUGCCCGGGCGGCUGCCAACAAGCCCCGUUUCGACUCGGGGCACCACGCGGCGCGUGCGAGCCAGCGAGCCCGCCAGACGGAGAUGGUCGCGCAGCAGCUGGAGGAGAAGGCCCGACAGGAGGCCGAGGCCGAGGCCGCGCGACAGCGGGAGAUCGCGGAGCGCACCCGUACCCGCAAGACAGAAACCGAUGUGUCGAGCGCGAGGGAGCGAUAUCUGGCGAGAAAGAGGGAGCGAGAAGAGGCGGCCAAGAAGGGGUCGUGA